AUGCUGGUGACCUAUUUGGAAGCCAGCCGGGACCUUUGCGAGACGGACUCAAUUCUUUUUGGCGCCGCACUGGCAGUAUGCCGUAUUAUUGGUGCCAAUCUUCCCAUGGCUGGACGUGCUACUCAACAAGGUAGUGCCAUCCCAGCCUGGAGAAAAAGAAUCGAGGACCGUAUCGCAAAGGCAAGGGCCCUUAUCGGCAGACUGACAAGCUUCAGGUCGGGUAAUAUUAGACCGAGAGUUGUGCGCACCGUUAGAAUGGCGUUUGCUGGGACAAAUAUUAGUUUGUCCCAGCUGGAUAUCACGCAGAAACUAACGGAGCGCAUAGAUGACCUAAAGCAAAAAAUCGCUGCUUGGGGGAAGCGUAUUCGACGAUUUAGUGAGAGGUCAAGGCGGUUAAACCAAAAUCGUCUCUUCCAGAGUGAUCAGAAGAGGCUCUAUAAAUCAUUGGAGCGACCAGAGGUAUGUGGAGCGGGCCCAGGACCGGAUCAGGCUGACACUGUCGCAUUUUGGCGUGGCCUGUGGUCAGAGCCCGUAAACCACAGCGAGGGCCCUUGGAUGGAAGUUGUGGCGAGCCAGAGUGCAAGUGUUACGCCUAUGGACCCCGUCACCACAAUGCCUGAAGACGUGGCUGAGGCGGUCCGUAGGGCCCCGAACUGGAAAAGUCCGGCGCUCGACGGGCUGCAUCAUUACUGGCUGAAGGGGUUCGUAGUGUGUCACGCUGUGCUCGCCCGACAGUAUCAAGAGGCUCUCGAUCAGAAGUCGCUCCCGAGCCUCUUCACUACUGGGAUCACUCACUUGGUUCCUAAAGAUCAGGAUACCACAGACCCGAGCAAAUACCGCCCCAUCACGUAUCUACCCACUAUAUAUGACACUGACAUCCAUUUUGAGCGCGAGAAUCACUCGUCACCUGGAGCUAAAUCAGGGCCGCUGCCUGGGGGUCGCCGGGGCGCGUCUGGAGCUGGCGCUGGACGCGGCAGCAUGCGGGCCGCCAGCCGAGCGCGAGGAGCUGCACGGUCAUCUACCAGCCCUCCGCAUCCAUCAUCCCCACCAGAAGGCUUGGUGUCGGCUGGGUCUUCUCGGACUCAGCAAGCGGCACCCGCCGCUGGUGGAGCACGUCGCAUGCGUUGGUCACAAGAAAUGAAUGCAAACGCACUGCGGGCGUACUUUAGGGCAAAAGGGGAAGAAACUGGAUGUUUGGCGUAUCGGGCUAGGAUGCAUCGUCUUUUUGCUGAGCUGGAGCCAUCUUUAAUCGUCACAGAGCAAAACCUGGCGGACCGAGUUCGGUAUAUCUUGCGCUCAAAUAUAUUUGAUGUUGCCGAACUCGAACGGCUACGACGUGAGGCUGUACCCUCGUCGGAUGAGAAUGCUACGGCUGAGGAUGCGGCGCCACAAAUGGUAGAGCAACCCGCAAACGUGGAUGCCGCCGUGAAUACCCCAGUUGUGGUUGAUUCAAACGAUGAUGGAACAGUCGCCCAGGAACUGGAAUUAGAGCAUAUGAGGAGUAUAUUGGAAGAGGCGAUUGUGGAAACGCGCAGUACGCCUCUCGAAAAUCGACCGCGACUUCCCCGCAUAGCCCUAAGCAAGCGGAAUCGGGCUGUCGUGAGGGCUCUGAACCCAAUGCUGGUUACCUAUUUGGAAGCCAGCCGGGACCUUUGCGAGACGGACUCAAUUCUUUUUGGUGCCGCGCUGGCAGUCUGCCGUAUCAUAGGCGCCAAGGUUUCCACGGCUGGACGCGCUACUGGCCAUAGUAGCGCUAUCCCAGCAUGGAGAAGAAGAAUUGAGGAACGUAUCGCAAAGGCUAGAGCUCUCAUCGGCAGACUGAUAUGCUUCAGAUCAGGCAACAACAGGCCAAGAAUUGUGCGCACCGUCAGGAUGGCGUUUGCUGGGACAAAUGUCAGUUUGUCCCAGCCGGAUAUAACGCAAAAACUGACGGAGCGCAUAGAUGAUCUGAAGCAGAGAAUCGCUGCUUGGGGAAAGCGGAUUCGACGAUAUACCGAGAGGUCGACACGGUUCAACCAGAAUCGUCUCUUCCAGAGUGAUCAGAAGAGGCUCUAUGAAUCAUUGGAGCGACCAAUGGUAAGUGGAACGGGUCCAGCACCGAAUCAGGCCGACACUGUAGCAUUCUAG